AUGACUUCAGAUGGUGUUCAUCUUGUUGGACAAGAACAUUUGCCGCCUAUAUUGAGAUUUUUCGCUGAUCCAAGCUAUGAAUAUUCAAAACACAAACACACAACUGAAAAAUCUAACGACGGUAUUCAUCACACCUAUACCAUAAUUCUCUCCCGGGAGCCAUUGAACCGAACUCUGGAUCUUAACAAUCUGGAGUUUCCAUCCAAUGAUCCCGACAAUCUUAUCAGUCAGAUCAGUACUCCAACCAGUAGCGAAAUGGUCAAACCUAGUCCGAUUGCACCUGAAAUGAACAGUUUGGGAUUGACGGGACCAGAAAAGCCGGUCAAUGACAACCAGUACUUUAUGAUUCCGGUUCCGACAGUUCCACCAUCUGCACCACCAUCAGCAAUCACUAAAUCAAAUCCAACGAUAACGUCUUCUUCGGCUUCUACCUCUUCCUCUGCCUCUUCUUCAGUUACUUCUUCAGCCACUUCUGACUCCACCUACAUGUCGAUUCCGGACUUUUCUCACCCGGCAACUCUCAAAAGUACCGGUACUGGAAAACUUGUAACCAUGGUCCAUGUAAAAUUUAUCUUGCUCCAUCAUGACAUUCUUAAGAGAAGUGUCCAAUCGACAUUCACCGACGAAUUCCAAUCGGAUUGUCGUCUGGAAGACGUGAUUUUGAAUUUCCAACAACUUUAUGCUCGCCAACUUCGAAACGCCCGUCUCCAGCCACGUUUGUCAUAUUGCAUCGGAGAAAUCAGUGGGAUUAAUUCGAAACCAGUGUUGAGCAGUGAUUUGGGAAAGACAUUGGCUCAGUUGGCUGCAUCGAAUACUGUCUUUCAGUUUGCGCUGAUUAUCGAUAAUAUCGAUAAUUCGUAG